ACAGCCCGCCGCAGACCAACACACCAGACGUGCUCCAGCCUGCGAGAGAUGGAGCGAGGCUUGUUGCUGCUGGUCGCGGCCACUUUGAUGGCCGUCGUGACUGCCGACGGCGGCCACACCUGCUCCGGCGACAAGCUGACCAUCUACAAGGUGGUGGUGAGCACCUUCUGGACCAGGGACACCUUCCCCAAACACUACCCUGACUGGCGACCGCCUGCACAGUGGUCCAAGACCAUAGGAAGGACGCACGACUCAAGCUUCAGUUUGUUCGAACUCGGCAAAAAAGCGUCUCCGGGCGUGAGGAUGUUUGCCGAGACCGGACGCUCCGAGUUGCUGGACGCGCAGAGUCAGGGUGCCAGGGGUGUUUACGACGAGUUCGCCGCUCCUCCUAUCACAAAAGGUGCCGGCACGGUUGAAGCAAAGUUCUUCCUCGACGGGAAUCACUCAAAGGUUUCCCUGAUGACUCGGAUAGUGCCGUCGCCAGACUGGUUCAUUGGAGUGGACAGCUUUGAUUUAUGCAACGACGGCAAGUGGAUUGACACGCUGACCCUGGAGUUGGACCCCAUAGAUGCCGGAACUGACAAUGGCUUUACAUUCACCGCCCCGAAUUGGGCGACGGAGCCUGCAGGCGUGGUGUUCCGCAUCACCAACACAUACCCGGCUCACCCGGCAGGCUCUUUUCAUUACCCAUUCUUGAAGAGGCUGCCGGCCAUCGCCUUCUUCCAGUUUGUAAAGCUGCGAGAGUACGAGUUGGCGCAGGAAUUCGAUGGCAAGAACCCCGACAAGAGCCACUACGAGGUCAUCAAGAUUUCCGAGCUGCCCACCGUCGACCGAGGCAACGACGUCGAUGAAGAUGUGAACAAAAAGGUCAAGGCCGCUGUGGGGAACACAGACUCAAUUGUCGCCCCUCCGGCAAUUGCAAAAAGCGUUUUGCACAGAGCUGCGGUGAAGAGUAAUUCUUCUCUCUCGGCCGUCAGUGAAAAUAAUGGAAUCGAUGACGGAAAUGAAGUGGUUGUCGUGCACAGGCACCAAAGCAGACGGAGGAUGAAGAAAAAUAUGAUCGGCAAUUUAAACAACGCCAACGCUCACAAAUUGAGGCCACCAAGGGACUGUCGAGUGAGUGACUGGGGCAGCUGGGAGCCCUGUUCAAGGUCAUGUGGCAUUGGCGAGACGCAGAGGAAACGCACCGUCACGAAGCACGCCCGCCGAGGUGGAAGCCCCUGCCCUCCGCUGACAGAGGCCAAGUGGUGCGGCAGCGCCCGCUCGUGUCCAAAAGGCUACUUCAACUGGUAAGGGCCAGCGAUGGGAAUUUUAAUCAGGACUGAUGUGUUUUCGAGGACUGCCAAAGUCACAAUUAAAAAAUAAAUUGGCGCAGUCUGGAGAAAUGGAGAAAAAUACAUAAUUGAGAUUGUAUACGACCCUGGUGCACAGGGGUGAGAGAAGUUGUACAAAUUUCGCAUUAGGGAUUGACGACUUCUUGUAUCUGGACGAAAACAUGCAUAUAUUCCACUGAACACAAAUUUUUCCGCAUUUUCUGUGUAACUGUUUAUUGUGUAUUUUGUGUGUAAAAUAGAAUUUUAAACAAAUUAGCUACAGGUUAUUUAUGUUUCUACUAAUAACUGGAUUAAUAAAACCGCAAGGAUUUUUGUCAAAUUAAAUAAAUAAUGUAAAUGGAAAUACAAUUUUUAAAGUCUGAUUUUAUGUCAUAAAAUGUAAUUUUAAAUUUUAAUCUUUGGUGAAUUUUUGAUUCAAAAUCAACUUUGUAGUACUUUUUGAGCUUUUAUUGUUUUCAGACCUUGUUGUGUUUUUUACAGGACUUUAAUUAAAUUAAAACAUUUAAGUUGAAUCCACUGUAUUUCAACGUGAAAUAAACUCUCAAAUAAACUAUUA